AUGUCUUCAACUAUUCGAGAACUAGCUAGUCAGAUCCUCGCACUCUGCACCCAGCUUGAACAAACGUGCAAUGAAGCUGAUAUUGCCCCUCCGUCACUCUCCGCAGACACCAGAAGUUCCUUCUGGUCUAAUUCUGAGAUAGAAGCUACACGAUCUAUAGCUAUCGGUUUGCUAGAGGAACUAACCGUGCUCAUCCAGGGUCCACAAGAGUUCCUACAUGAGUUCGUCGCCUCGCACUGGGACCACGGGGCGCUAUAUGCAUUCCUCCACUCGCAGACCCUCGAGUAUAUAGCGAGUUCGGGGCGCGCUUCUAUUGAAGAUCUCGAAUCUCAAUCUGGUAUCCCAGCAGACAAGCUUGUUCGGAUCCUUGGGCUACUUCGGUGUCGGCACAUCGUUGAUGAGCCCGAAAAAGGUGUCUAUACGUUGACUGCGGUAUCGGAAGAACUGUUCAGAGACAGGGAUUCAAGGGCGUGUUUGGAGUUCCAAUUAUUCGAGACGCGUAUUGCGAGUGCGCAUUUGGCGGAUGCUUUGGCGCGGAAGCCGAAUGGAUUCGGCAUGGAAAUGUAUGACUGGCACGCUUGCCAUCCUGACAAGGGAGAACGAUUCCGUCGUGCUAUGAGGGGUGUUUCGCGUGCCCUUGAUCCUGCGGAUUCCCUAAUCGAGGGCUAUAUCCAACAGCACACGCCCACCAACAAGACCAAAAUCGUCGAGAUCGGAGGCCGCUAUGGCUUCGCCUCUGUCUCCCUCGUACAGAAACACCCAGAACUCUCAUUCGAAGUCCGCUCCGACUCUCAAGACUUCCUCGACCGCGGCAGCGCACAAGUCCCAUCUUCUUGUCUGGAACGCAUAUCCUUCAAGCAUUGCCAGUCAGUUUUCGAAUCACCCCCCACGUGCGAUACACAUACGGUAUGGCUAUACGUUAUUAGGAAUUUGUUGUGGAAUUGGUCUGAUACAGAUGUUGUGAGAUUGAUGAGAGCUAUCAAACAAGGAAUGGGCGCAUCUACCCGUAUCUUGGUUACGGAUGGUGUGUCUCCCGUGUCAGGGCAGUUCCCACUACAUGAGGAGAUUGCGUAUCGACGGAGGGAUAUUACGACUAUGAGUAUGCAUAACGUGAAGCAGAGGACGCAUGAGGAGUGGGUAGGGGUGUUCAAGCAAGCUACCCCGAGUGUACGGGUGGAGUCUACACUUGGGAGAAGUUCGCAUGUCUAUAAGGGGCUGUGGGAGAUUAGCUUUGUCGAUGAAUGA